AUGUCUGAGCCUAUAUAUGAGGCUGAGGAAGCGACUAUAGAAACCCUUCCGACUCCAGACGACAUGCGUGGGUCAUAUCAACUUGUGAAACAGAGAGGGAAGGAGGGUCCUACAACCUAUAACGAUGUGGUUAGCGCGGAGAAGAAGCAGAAGAAGAGGAAGAGGAAAAGAAACGACAUCUCGAGUUUGAUGGAUCAGUCCCCGGAGCGUCUAUGCGUGAUGGAAAUGGGGCGGCCAAGGAGAAGGCUCUCCGGGAAUUACUUUUGUCAGAAGAUCGAGCAACUAUAG